AAAAUCUCAAAAUUUGUAUGGUAACCAGAGAUAUUAUAUAUUAAAUAUAUUAAAUAUAGAUAAAUGUUACCUACUCCUAUUGUUAAGGACGUAGAUUAUGAAAAAGUAUAUGAACCAGCAGAAGAUUCAUUUCUUCUAUUAGAUUGUCUUGAAGAAGAGCAAGAAUUUAUACAAUCUAGAUUUAAGAAUAUUAUACCGAUUAUUACUGAGAUAGGUGGAGGAUCAGGAAUAGUUACUACAUUUUUACAUAAGAAUAUUUUACCUAAUUCAAUAUUUAUAACUACUGAUAUUAAUCCUCAUGCUUGUGAAGCUAUAUUAAAUACAGUUAAAGUAAAUAAGAUUGAUCAGGAUCAGGAUCAGGAUAAACCAUCUACUAAUUCAAAAAUACCAACCAUACCGUACUUGAUAGAUAGUUGUCAAAUGGAUCUAACUAGUGGAAUAAAAGCUCAAGAAAUUGAUUUAUUAGUAUUUAAUCCUCCUUAUGUUCCAGCAGAAAUAGUGCCUGAAAUUCCUACUAAUCUUAAUGAUGAUACUUGGUUAGAUUUAGCAUUAAUGGGUGGUGAAGAUGGUAUGAUUACUACUUGGAAAAUCCUAGAUAAUUUACAUAAUAUUCUAAAUCCUUUACAUGGUGUAGCUUAUAUACUUUUUUGUGCCAGAAAUAAACCUGAUCAAGUUGCUCAAACUAUGACAUCUAGAGGUUGGAAUGUUGAGACUGUUAUAUUGCGAAAAGCAGGCUGGGAAGUUUUAAGUAUCUUGAAAUUUACCAAGACAUCAUAGUAACAUAAUAAUACAGUAUCAAAAAAACAUAGUAACUUUCUAAGUACUAUAAUAAUUUUAUAAUCAUCAUAUUUACUUGUAGUUUAUAUGUAUAUGUAUAUAAUUAAUGACUCUAUGUGAAUAAAUGUAAUGAGUAGAAACAUUGGAAAUAUUGCGCUCGCGGUA